AUGCAUUUACUUAUAUUUUUCAUUUGUAUCGUAACUAUCUCGCAAGCAACGAAUGAUAAUCAGCAAGUAACACUUUGGAAUCUAUUCAAAAGUGUUCAUAACAAACAUUAUACUAACGUACGAGAAGAACAAUAUCGCCUUCGUGUAUUUAAACGUAAUGUAGCUAUGAUUGAUCAGCACAAUCUUGAAGCUGAUAUGGGUCUACAUUCUUACAGACUCAAAACAAAUCAAUUUGCUGACAUGACACACGAAGAAUUUGUUCAAACAAUGUUGACCGGUCUCAAAAUAUCUUCAAGUACCAACUUAUUGAAAAAAUUGAGUGAACGUCAAUUUCAUUCUUCAUCCAAUGUAGAAAUACCCGCAGCUGUCGAUUGGCGUAAAAAAGGUGCUGUCACUACUGUUAUCGAAAAUCAAGGUCAAUGUGGUUCAUGUUGGGCUUUUACAGCAACUGGUGCUCUAGAAGGGCAGCAUUUCCUUAAGACAGGGCAUUUAGUUCGAUUGUCAGCACAGAAUUUAAUGGAUUGUUCCGGUAAAUUCGGUAAUCAGGGCUGCAACGGAGGUUUGAUGGAUGCUUCAUUUCAAUACAUCAAAGCGAAUAAGGGAAUAGAUACAGAAGCGAGCUAUCCAUAUGAAGCUCAAGAUGGUAAAUGUCGUUUUAAUCCAAAAACCAUUGGUGCUACUGAUACAGGCUUUGUAGAUCUUCCUCCAGGAAACGAGACAGCUUUACAAAUAGGUAUUGCUAAUAUUGGUCCAAUAUCGGUAGCAAUUGAUGCUUCACAAAGUUCCUUUCAAUUUUAUUCAUCCGGUGUUUAUGAUGAUCCUGCAUGUUCAACAACAAGUAUUGAUCAUUCAUUCAUCCUUGUUGGUUAUGAUACUUUUAAAAAUGCUACAGUCAAAAAAGAAUAUUAUAUUGCAAAAAAUUCUUGGGGUGAUUCAUGGGGUGAUAAAGGUUAUAUUUGGAUGAGCCGUAACAAGCAUAAUCAAUGUGGGAUUGCCAACAUCGGCAGCUACCCUUUAGUUUGA